UCGGUAUUGAACGUUCUUACAAUUCGAAUCUAACUAGUCUAGGUGCCGUGCAUCGGAAUUAAAGUGAAACAAGCGAUAUGAAGUUACUGAUAAUUUUGGGAUUGAUUGCUGCUGUCAGUGCAGCACCUGGCUACUAUGGUGACCACGGAUUGUCCUAUGCUGCUUACGCCGCUGCUCCAGCCCCGAUUGUAAAAUAUGCUGCUCCCGCUGUUUCGGUUGUUCAUGCGGCUCCAGCACCAGUUCUGAAGUACGCCGUGGCUCCGGCUCCGAUUGUAAAAGCCGUGGCUCCAGCCGCAACCAGCUACGCUACUUUCCACCAAGUACAUGCACCGGUUGUUGCCGCAGCGCCAGUUGUUAAAUAUGCUGCUCCGGCCCCAGUUGUAUCGUAUGUUCACUCGGCCCCAGUGGUGGCUCAUGCUCCUGCUCCAUUGCUGAAGUACGCUCCAGACUAUCACGGAUGGUAGAGUGAUAACGAACAGGCCGGAUCGCGCAAAGGUUUACUGAUACGAGCAAAUGAGUUAGUCAUGCAGAUGCCAGUGCAACGAAAUAGUCUUGUCCGUCAUUAACUCAUGUCUGUUUUGGUGUAUCUAAUAAAGUGUAUUGACAAGCGACACGCAUCUCGAAUU